AUGCGGCCCCCUUCGCCCCCAGACUCAGCCAGAGCCGCAGGGACCCCGACAGACGGCAGCGUCUCCCCAUUGCCUACAGCGGAGGACCCUGCAAAUAGUGCUCUCGUUGAAGCGACCGAAGAAGACGACGUGCAUAUCACGGUGAAGUCAGAGCCGGCCAAGACCGUAAGACGAGAAUUGCACGGCAUACAACUAUUCAUGAUCACGAUCAACGGAACACUCGGCACUGGCUUAUAUGGCAGGACAGGUCAGAUUCUCGAGCUCGGAGGCCCAGUCGCGGUUAUCUUGUCCUUUUUCCUCGUCGGGUCACUAGCAUGGGCAGUCAUGCAGUGCAUUACUGAGCUACUAUGCAUCUGGCCUAUCCCAGGUGCGCUAUCAGUCUAUGUUGCUGAGUUCGUGGACAACGAACUCGGCAUAGCUGUUGGCGUCGCCUACUGGUGA